CUUUCUGAAGCCACUGUGGAUACAUCACAGAUUUCUUCCACAGUGUAUCUGCAAUGGCUUGUGUGUAACUCGAACAGUGCAGUCGAAUACUGUUGACAGUGGGUUCUCCUUCAGAAAAUGUUAUUAUUCUACAUAUGAUUCCAUAUAGUUUUUUUUAAUGUUGAUGCUUAGUACUCCAUAUUUGAGUAUUAAAAAAACACCUCCUUGCUAUCAUGCUGUGAUGUGAAUAGAAACACUGGAUCUGUUUGCUACAGUUCUGUGGUCUCCUUUUGGUUCUCUGUGGGCUGGUCCCAGCGCCCCUCCAUAACAGGCCAUGGAGACGGUGACGUUAGACGCAAGGCUCCUCAUAAGCAUGUCUCUCUGCGUCACACUAUGCUCCCAAUAUGAAAAGCGUGUGAUUGUUUUCCGAAUGAGACAGAGGCUGUAGAUAGUAGCUUGAAGGAGGCUCUUUUGUCCAUUCAACUUCAAGCGAGUCCUGAUAGGACCCUGCACACCACAGGAGAGUGGGGUAAUUGUUGCUCCUCUUCCAGUGAAAAAUGGAGGUGGCACCUUGUGUCCAGGAAGUUAGUAGCCACAUUGCAUCACUGUUGACAAGCCUGAACCUCCAGCGAGAACAAGCUCAGUUCUGUGACUGUGUGGUCAGACAGAGCCAGACCCCGGGGCAGCUCUACCAUGCACACAAGUGUGUCCUGGCAGCUUCCAGUCCAGUGCUGGCAUCUAUGCUCUCCUCUGCUGGUGUCCUGGUGGAACUGCAGGCUCCAUGUUUAUCUGGCUCUGUGCUGGCACUUCUUCUGGACUACAUUUAUAAAGGGACUUUGCCAAAUGCUUGUAGCCAGCAACAAUAUCACAGUCUGCUCACUGCUGCCUGCUACUUGCAAAUGCAUGAGCUGCAGGAGGCUCUGUGCACUUGGCAGCAAACUGAGGUGAGUGAUGCAGAUAAAACAAAUGCUUCUACUGGAACUGAAAAUCAGCCAUAUGAAGACAUUAUCACUGACUUUAGAAAACUUGAAGGUACAGAUACUUGCACUGUGCAAAGUACUGCAAAAUCACCGAAGAGACAAUAUUCUGCCAUUGUAGAAACAUAUGGUGAACCACAGAUGGAUUCAGCCAGUACAGACCCCCACAUUAAAGAAGAAGAAACAGAUGCAUGUGGAGCUAGCAGUAUAAAUGGUGCAGACUGCUGUAGUAGAAAAGAUGCAAGCACUCGAAGUACCUGUUGUAAUACACCUGAAGGUGGUGAUAACUGCAGACAAGUAACUCAUCUGACACCUCAUAGUUUGAUUCAAAAUAUCCUUAGCACCACUGAAGUGCACAGCAUGUCCACAGUGGUCAAAGAGCUGCAAAGGGAUCAGUUUCAUUCAGCUGGCACUGUAAACACAGAGACUUGGCAGAAGAGCAGACAGGUGGAGCUAAUGAGGACAGUUGAGGACAGGAGGAGCUCCUCCUUAUCCUCUUCCUCAUCAGCACAUCCAUGCUGUGGGGCAGUGCCUGUCAUCUGUCACAGCCGAAGAUCAGCUUUGAUCCAGCUGGCCGAAGAAUCUACAAUGCCUGCUUACCAGUCAGUAUCCCAGGCCUCUAUCAACUCCAGCAGACCCCCUGUCUCACAAUCAACAAGUGCAGACAAUGAGAGUGUUGUUGACAGUAGUACCACCACACAGAAAAACCAUCCCAGGGUAGAGAAUCUGGAUUACAGGAACAAUAAAGAGCACACUGGAACACCGAGGCGGGAUUAUAAGAACAGGUCAAAUCAAUGUGCAAGACAUGAUUUACAUUACAAAUCCAAUACAGAUCAGUCUGGCAUGUUGAAACAAGACUACAACAGCAGCAGUUCAGAUCACUUGGUAAAGGUGAAUGAUGAGCGUACUGGCAAUGGAAUAGCCCGCGCUGCAGAUCAUAAUGAGCACCAACCUCCAUGUGAUUCAUUUCAGGACAAGAAUCACACAAAAAAUUUUAGAGGUUAUUCAGUUUGCAGCGGUUUCAUCAGAAGAUUAAAAACUGACUUCAGCUGUGAUGAUUUGCCCUCCAAACGUCAGCGACUGGAUUGUUCUGACUGUCAAGAUGUCUCAGCAUCGGCUGUAGCAGAGGAGCAUGCACAAGAUCUGAGAACUGUAGGUCCACUUCCUGCAGAGGACUCGGACACAAGAAGUGACUCUCCCUGUGAAGAUCUGUGUCCCGAGGGACAAGCAAAAGAGGAGCACAGUUACUCUAGCAAGUGUCCAGCUCAAAUUGAUGGACAGAACAGCCACUGUAGCCUUUAUGGACCUAAGACAGAUUGGUACCCAAAACUGCAUAGAGCUGAGACAAGCACAAAAGAUGCUGCAUCUAGUCAGUCUCAUUGGGACUCAGGCAACAGAGACACAGCUACGGAAGGCAGAAGACAUGGUGCUGAUGUUUGUCCGUUUCUCUCCAACACACCAGAAUCAAGUUUGGAUAAUGUCACUGAGGGUUUCUCCGAACGCUGCACCGACACUGAGACCACAGUGCCACACUUCAAGUUUACAAUUCCUGCAGACAGCAACAUAUUGGAUCCCAUGUGUAGUGCUGUGGGGCAGUCAUACCGUGGACAUCUCCAUUAUCACUGCCUACACCAGGAGGACACACACUUAUCACGUGGACAUUCUGAUCACAAACGCUCCCACGCUAGCUGCCCUGAUCAUGGAGAUCAGUCCAGUGAUGAGGAGGAGGCUGGUACCUUUGCCAGUCCAGGUCACAGUCCUCUGAGGCAGCACUUUGCCACCGGUACAGACCAGGUUCUGCUGCUGGACAUCAGCACCAAACCUGUAGAGUUACUUAUGUCCUACAAACAUAGAUCUGACCAAGAAGAAAAAGCGGUUGUGUUCAACAAAAAUGACACAUUUGGGACUGGGAUCAGGAAUAAUAACAGCAAGGAAAGGAAUGCAGAAACAUCUGUAGCAGCAGUUGACAAGAGAAAAACUAGAGCUGAAACAACAUUCGGAGCCAAGAGUGUUGCUGAGACUGAAUCUUGGGUUAGAGAAACAAAUGUUGAAGAAAGGAAAUUACGUGGUAAAGACCAAAGCAAUCUGGGAGCUGAGACUAUAAAUAAAACGGGGGUUUUGGAGGUUUCUAGCUACCAAGAGGAUGAGAACCAGGCUAGUGCCUUGACAGCAUGUACACUUCUUUCUAUACCAGGUUCUUUACAAUCCACCAUGUCAUCUCCCUUGUCUGUUUGCAUACCUUCUACUCUUUCAGCCAGCAUGCCAACGAAUAUAUCAGCUCAUCUGUCAUCUCCUGUUCACCAGCCUUUCCAGUGUUCUCUGUGUGAACGUUCCUUCAGCCAGCGAGGCUCUCUGAAUAGACAUGUGCGGAGCCACCUUGGCGUACGGCCCUUUCCCUGCCCUCGUUGCCCCAUGACAUUUUCCCGCCAGUACCGUGUCACAGAGCACAUGCGUGUUCACCAGCGUUGUACCCUGGGGAAUGACUUUCACAAGCCAUAUAUUAACUAAAAAAAUAUUGAAAGCAGUUAUAGUCAGUGUUUUUAUGUUAAGAAUAGAACACAGUGGGUUCAGCUAAAGCGAUGACCCCACAGAAAAUGAUCGCCUGACUUGUGGAGCUUUGAAUCAUUUUUCAGCUCAGUUUUAUAGUCCAUAACACUGACGUUUGACCUCUGUUUUCAGCUAAGAAAGCUCUAAAAACAACCAUACACUACCUUCCUAGUUAGCAGCUAGCUUGUGUGGCGCAUUUAGUAGCUAAAGAGCUAAUUGUCUUUGGAGUUAGUGGAGACCAAAUGAAUGAUCGCAGCAACUAUAAGUGGUAUUUUCAUAUUAACAAUGUAUCAAUUGACAAAGGGGUCGUUCAUAGUGAUGAACCUGCAGAGGAUUCUCACCUGGAUCUGCAGCUCCUCUCAGCUUCACAUAAUGAGUUUCAACUAAUCUCUUAACUGUCUGCAGAGAGGCUACAACUGAUAAUUAGGCCAAAGGGAGACAGGUGUUGGCUUCCUCAAUACUUUGGACUGACAGUUGUUGGUGUGCUGGUUUUAAAUUAAACAGCUUGUCUUGAAUAGUGGUUUUGUUAAGCCAAAUUUUUGUAUUUUUAUUAUACCGUGUGUAAUUUUAGCGUUGGCAAAAAAAAAUAGGGGUAUAAAUGCCCCGAGGUGUUUGCUUUAAGUAGGUCUCCCAUAAAUCUUAGAUGACAAGAAUUUGGGCAGUUUUAUGUCCUGGUGCAGGGUAUCUUAACUAAACAGUGCUGUGUAUGUUUACAGGUAAAGUACUGACUGCUGUUUACUUUAUUACUGGUUUAUUGUUAUAUUUUGAUUGUAUUAGUGUUUUUAGGACUUAGUUUCAUAGUAUUUUAAUUAUGUAUCUUUUUGUUUCUACUACAGCAGCUUGUGGUAGCCUUCAUCCACAAGUCUGGUCAGUGUACUCUGAGUUCACUCACCUAUAGACUUUCUUUGUGUUAUAUCUGUUUUUGUGUGAACUUAAAUUUUAGUGCUUUUAAUAAUGUCUUUAUUCAGUGCACUGUUGUAAAUGAGAGCUCUCAAUCGGGUUUGUGGCAAUAAAGAUUGAUGAUGACCUACAGACUUGUGUUUGUGGCUGCACAUUUUGUGGUGCUUCGAUUUGUUUCACUGGCUUUGUCUAAUAAGUGGCACAAUUGCUUGUUCUUUUUUCCCCUUUUUAGAAUUUUUAGUUCUAGUUAAUAGAUAGCCAUAAAUAGCCAGUAUUGUCUUCAACUUGUUUCUGCUGUCCUCAUAAGCCUUGCCCUUGACUACUGUUUUAUUGUCUUUACAAAUUGAAACCGGCCUAUAUGUCAGAAAACUUUGUCCUGUGGGGGAUUAGUGCAAACAUGUUGAAAGUAGCAGUUGAAUGUGUAUAUGGUGGGGAAAGUUCAGAAUAGAAUAGAAUAGAGUAGGUACUUUAUUGAUCCCACAGUGGGGAAAUUUCCGUGUUACAG